AUGCCGAAGUACACGCUUCCCAAUGCGACGGUGCGAGAGCAGGACUUAGCGGGUAAAGUGGCCCUCGUCACCGGAGCGUCCAGGGGCAUAGGGCGCGGCAUUGCCUUCCACCUCGCCGCGCGCGGCGCCAGCGUCUUGGCCACGUGCUCCAGCGAAUCCACGCUGAAGAACAUAUCGUCCCUCAAGGAGGAGAUCGAAACCCUGUACAGCGGCUCCGCUCACGCGGCCCCCCAGAUCGUCGGCGUCGCCGCGUCCCUCCUGGACCCCAAGAAGUUCGUCGCGAGCGUCGUGGGGGCCAUCGACGGCCACUUCGGCGGCGCGGUCAACAUCCUGGUGCAGAACGCCGCCGUGGCCGAGGCGAGGCCCGUGGACGACAUCGACGAGGCCCACGUGUCGCGCAUGCUCGCGGGCAACCUCGAGGCGGCCGUGCUGCUCGUCCAGGCGCUGCUGCCGCGCUUCCGGCCCGGCAGCCGCGUCGUCAACGUCUCGUCCGGGGCGGCACGGUCCGCGACCCCCGGGACGCUCGUCUACGCCGCCGUCAAGGCUGGGCUCGAGGCGCUGACCCGGAACUGGGCGGCGGAGCUGGGGCGCAGGCCCGGCAUGGAGGGGACCACGUUCAACGCGCUCUCCGUGGGCGCCACCGACACGGAUUCGCUGGCCGAGGUCCCCGAACAGGUGGCCGAGGGCAUGAUGAAGAGGGAGAAGGCGGCCUGCAACGUUGGGCCUCGGAUCGGAACGGUCGAUGACGUGGCCGAGAUUGCGGGCUGGUUGAGCUCCGAGAAGAGCAGGUGGGUGACGGGAAGUGUCAUGUGUGCGAGUGGCGGCGUGAACAAGAUCCUGUGA